AUGUACGACAUCCCGACUGGACUCAUUGUUGACCACAAUAAUGAUACUGCAUUCUGCAAAGGGUGCCGUUGCAAUAAAGAUCUUUGCGAAUUCGAAAUCGCUCCUAAAAAGAUCCGAUUGGCUUUGAAAUGUAAAGAGUGUCGAGAUGUUGAGGCGGAAAGAAAUAGGAAACACAGAUUAAACAAAACUUUGGGUAACACAAAACCUCGAUUGAAAAGAACAGGAGAGGAAAGAGCACCUAAGAUUGAUUUGGAUUCUAGGAAGUUACCUCCUAAUUUUAAAAUGUCGGACUACUCAUCUAAAGACCACUCAUCUAAAGAAUUAGAAUACGAUGGGAAGCUAAUCAAAUAUUGUCAAUCGUGCACAGCUUUCCAUGAGUUGUGCCAUUUUAUCGAUCCAAAAUCAAAUGUCGAGUACGCCCAGUGUAACCUACAGCGGAAUUCCCAUGCCACCAGAGGUAAGGCUAAUUACCACAACAAUAUUGAGGAAAUCAGCGAAAGACGCAGAGAAAGGUAUGCAGAAAACCCGGUUGAAGCAAAUGAAAGGAACAAGAAGUACCGCACCCCGGAAAGGCUCCAGCAGUAUAAUGCUAAUCGAAGAAGGAAGCAUGCAGAAAAUCCAGAGCAUAACCGUGCCUUGCACCAAAAGUAUCGCCAAAGAGUUAAGGAGCGUGAAAAUGCUCAGGGAAAAAAUAACUAG